UUAGAUUUUUGUUUUGGGCUUGAUCUAGGCUCAGUACAAAAUUUUAGUCACUUCAAUUUGUGCUUACAUUUAAUAAUUUAUUUUUUGACCCCCUUUCAAGCUUAAAUGUAGUGAAAAUUCUCCACUGCACGACAAUUAAUUAGACGACAAUUAUGUCAACUCAAGAUCCGAUUCUGAUUCAAAAAUCUCUGUUUUCUGUAAUAGCGUGUUUAAAUAGAUAAAUAGGUUGAAUUAUGAUUUAUACUUAUUGAUGCAGCGAUUCAUAUUCUCUCUGUCUACAUAGUUACUUCCGUCACAGUUCACCCUCUACUCUACUCUACUCUACUCUUCUCUAGGUUUUUUAGAAAAUCAGAGCGAGGGAGUUUUGGUAGUAGAAGAAACAGGAUGGAGGUCACGAGAAGAAGAAGAAGAACUAGAGGCAAGUGGGAUUGUUACUGGAAACAGGUGUACGCCGAUCGGAAACAAAAGCAGAAGAAGAAUGCUGCUGCUGCUGCUUUUCAAACGUUGAAUACCGAUUAUAUGGAACAGAAUCAUGGUGUUGACACGUUGAUUACCGAUGAUGCGGAGCAGAAUCAUGGUGUUGAAGUGUUGAUUACCGAUGAUUCGGAGCAGAAUCAUGGCGUUGAGACGUUGAAUACCGAUGAUAUGGAGCAGAAUCAUGGUGUUAAAAUGUUGAUUACUGAUGAUGUGAAGCAGAAUCAUGGUGUUGAAAUGUUGAUUACUGAUUAUAUGAAGCAGAAUCAUGGUGGUGAAACAGUGAAAACCGAUGCUGAAGAGGUUUUGAUUGCAUCGGAUGUGGAGCAGAAUGAUGGUGUUGAAGCGUUUGACAAGAAUGAUGCUAUGAAUGUGGAUGAUGAGGAUGAUGUGGAAGAUUCAGAUGUUUCUGUGGAGGAUUCAGAUGAGCCUGCCUCUGAAGAUGAUGACUGUGAAGGAGGCGAGUCUUCGGUUUCUGAAUCAUCAGAUGAUGAGUAUAGUGUUGCUGAGAACACUAGGAGGAGAGAACAUCUCAGAAAAGAGAGUCCUACAAAGCCAGUAAAUGUUAUUGUUAUUGAUGAUGAUGAAGAAGACGAUGACGAUGAUGUUAGCAACAGUGGCGAAGAUGGUGUGGAAGAUUCAGAUGUUUCUGUGGAGGUAUCAGAUGAGCCUGUUUGUGAAUGUGAGAAGGAAGAUGAUGACUAUAAAGGAGGCGAGUCUUCGGUUUCUGAUUCGUCAGAUGAUGAGUAUGCUGUUGCUGAAAACACUAGGAGGAGAGAGCAUCUCACAAAAGAGAGUCCUACAGUUACAAAGCCAGUAAAUGUUGUUGUUGUUGUUGAUGAUGAUGAUGAUCAAAGUGAUCAAACCAGUGAAACAAGGUCUCAUGAGCACAACUCAGAUUCUGAAGUAUUCACCGGAAAUUCCAAUGAGAGGUCUGCCAUGUUAAGGGAGAGGACAAUUAUUGUGAAUAUGGAGAAGGAGACAGAGACAGAGACGCCCAAAGAGGAGAGAGUUAAGAAGGUAAAAUUUGGCAAGAAAAGGUCUCAUUCUGCAAAAGAUCUCAACUUCACCAAGAUUUUGGAGUCCAUCAAUGCAGUCAAGGAUAAACAAUGUAACAUUGACGACAAGCCUGUGCCUGUGCCUGAAAAUGCCCUUCCAUUGAGGUUCAGAUUUGAGGAUGAGGUGGUGCUCCUCCCACAGAAAUCGGAACAAAAGCUCAUAGAUGAACUCUUUCAUGAUCUAGAAUUAGGACUGCGACAAACUGAAAUGGCUGAGAGUGAUGAGCUUAAGACCACUGUGGAGAUUGAUGAAAGUUGUUGCCACCGAGAAGCUAUUCUUGAUGAACAGAUAGGGCUCAUUUGCGAAAACUGUGAUACUGUGAUUAUGGGCAUAAAACAUGUCUUACCAUCUUUUCAUGUACCAACUUGGGAGAGGCGAGAUAGGAGGUAUUACCGUGAUGAGUUCCAAAGCUCCUACUUAAGCGAGAUUCAAUUUGGGGGCCAUGGUUCCAGUACCCCUGGUUCGACAAGUUGCAUGAAAGGAACAGUAUGGGAUUUAAUCCCUGGUGUUAAGGAAGAUCUGUACCCUCAUCAGCGGGAGGGCUUCGAGUUCAUGUGGAGAAACAUAGCAGGUGGCACCAUAAUCGAGAACCUGAACCAGACUCCUGCUGAUGAUGGUAGGGGGUGCAUAAUCUCACAUGCCCCUGGCACUGGCAAGACGCGUCUCACCAUUGUGUUCCUGCAGUCGUUUCUGAAGCUGUAUCCGGCUUGCAGCCCCUUGAUCAUAGCUCCUAAAGGGAUGCUUCUGACAUGGGAGGCCGAGUUCAAGAAAUGGAACUUCAACGUUGCUUUUCACAAUCUAAAUAAGAAAGAGCUAUCUGGGGAAGAAAAGGCAGUUGCUACUGAGCUUCUUGGGGAAGAUGGGAGUGGAGUCUUGCAUCAAGACUGCGUUCGCCUUCUGAAAUUGUAUUCAUGGGAGAGUGGUGGUAGCGUCUUAGGCGUCAGCUACCAACUGUUUGAGAAGCUUGCAGGAGAAAGAGAUGGGAGAAGAAAGCAGCAUAAGAAAAUCGGGGAGUUGCUUCGUGAAAGGCCAGGCCUUUUAGUGCUUGAUGAAGGGCAUACACCUCGUAAUCACAAGAGCCUGAUGUGGAAGACCUUGACAAAAGUCUCAACGCAGCGACGUAUCAUCUUGUCAGGCACUCCAUUCCAAAACAGUCUCAGGGAGCUAUUCAACACUCUUUGCAUCGUUGCUCCAAAGUUUGCAAAUCAGGACAGCAGCGUGCGUGGACCAAGAUGGAAGCAAUUGCUCAGUUCAUCUGACAUAAGUAGCGGCAGCAUGCUGAAAAUGAGGGAUGUGCUCGAACCAUACGUUCAUGUGUACAAGGGAACCGUGCUAGAGGAAAAGCUUCCCGGACUGAGGCACACACUAGUAUUCUUGCACCUGACCAAGUCUCAACAGCCACUGCUAGAAAGAGCUUGCAAAGAGAAAUUAAUGUUUAACAUGGUUUGGAUGGUAUCCCUAAUCUCCAUUCAUCCUUCAAUAAACGCAGUAGCAGAGAGGUACUCCAUUAGAAGAGAAGAGAUUGCAACGCAUAUUGACGCUGGGGUGAAGGCAAGGUUUCUUCUGAAGCUAGUACAGUUUGCUGAUGCACUCGGUGAGAGGGUGCUCAUCUUCAGUCAGUUCAUAGACUCUCUUGUAUUCAUCAAAGAGCAGCUUGGGUCCAUUUAUUCUUGGAACGAAGGAAGAGAAGUUCUUUACAUUGAUGGACAGGUUGAUGACAAGAAACGCCAAGAAUCCAUAUCUUGCUUCAAUGAUGAAACAAGCGAGGCCAAGGUGCUUCUUGCAUCCGAGAGAGCUUGCUCAGAGGGUAUAAAUCUGACAGGGGCUUCAAGAGUUGUGCUGCUGGAUACCGUGUGGAAUCCAUCAGUGGAAAAGCAAGCAAUCAGCAGGGCUUACCGGCUUGGACAGAAGAGAGUCGUGCAUGUAUAUCGCCUUUUUACAUCUGGCAUCGAGGUCAGAAAAUAUACACAGCAGAAUCUCAAAGAGCGUAUAUCACGGUGGAUAUUCUCUCUUGGCGAAGAACGUAGUGCGAAUUCACGAGCCAUCUCAGAGGACAAGGUUUUGGAAGCCAUGCGUAAUCUUGAAAAUUUCAAUCAGAUAUUUGAGAGGAUUAUUUGCCAACCAAAGGAAUCCGACCUCAUCAAAACAUUCGGACUGGAAGGGCAGAUGUAGAAUCGUUUGAAGAUGAUUCGUGCCACGUUGAUUAUCAUUAACAUUGCAAAUUUUUUGGUGAAGCUGAUAUGAAGUAGAGCAUGGUUCAAUAUAUUUUGUAAGUAUGAAGCUGUUUGUUACUUUUGCCAUUUAUCUGUGUUGAUUUAGUCUUUAUAUCUGAAUGAUUGA